UGCAGCAGCCAAUCAGAUCCCCUUAAAAUACAUCAACUGUGUGACAGAAAUUCAGGGGUUCAAUGAUCUUCAGAAGGAGGAAUAUUUCAGGAAGAGAAUCAGUGAUGAGCAUCAAGCCGACAGAAUCAUCUCACAUAUUAGAAGAUCAAGAAGUCUCCACAUCAUGUGUCACAUCCCCGUCUUCUGCUGGAUCUCAGCCACUCUGCUUACUUUGUGUUUUACUUCAAUAUAGGCAAGAUUGAGCUUUUCAUUGAGUCUUUACUGGGCCAUUUACAGAACAGUCAGAAAGACUCUCUGUAUGAUCUACUAAGAACAGAAGUAAAUAAUUCCUUACAGAGUGAAAAUGGACACCUGGAUCUUUUCCUGCGGUUUCUGCUGGGCAUCUCACUGGAGUCCAAUCAGAGGCUUUUUCAGGAUCUACUGACACACACAGUAAACAGCUCAAAGACCAUCAUGAGAGUUACACAGUACAUAAAAGACAAAAUCAAGGGUGAUGAUCGCCUCUCAGCUGACAGAUGCAUCAAUCUCUUCCUCUGUCUACUGGAAAUGAAGGAUCGGACUCUGUACAGAGAGAUUCAGGAGUUUGUGAAAUCAGAGAAUCCCUCAGUGAAUCGACUCUCUCCAUCUCACUGCUCAACAAUCGCCUACAUGCUGCAGAUAUCUGAGGACGUGCUGGAUGAGUUUGAUCUGAAGAAAUACACCACAUCAGAUGAGGGUAGAAGGAGACUGAUACCAGCUGUGGUGAACUGCAGAAAAGCUAUAUUGUCCAACUGUAAUCUCACUGGUGAGUAUUGUGAAAGUUUGUCUUCGUGUCUACAAUCAUCAAACUCACUGAGAGAGCUGGACCUGAAUAACAAUGACCUACAGGAUUCAGGAGUAAAGCUUCUGUCUGAUGAACUGAAGAGUUCACACUGCCAACUCAACACACUGAGAUUAUCUGGCUGUAUGGUGACAGAGGAAGGCUGUUGUUUUCUGGCUUCAGCUCUGAGUUCAAACCCCUCACACCUGAGAGAGCUGGAUCUGAGCUACAAUCACCCAGGACAAUCAUUAGUCAAGCUGCUCUCUGAUCCAAAAUACAGACUGGACAAGCUCAAGUAUGUUCAACACUAACAGUCAUCCUGUCAUGUGUUUGGACGUGUCUUUAUCAUGAUAAAGUCAUGCAGAGAUCACAGUCUAAAUGAGAAGAAAUGACAUCUGAUACUGCAACCUCAUGAUACUAAAUAAAGCAGAUCAGCUUCAGUGCAGUUGAAGAGAAAGACAUUUUGCCAGUUAAUAGAAGAAUAUCAGUAAUUAAAACACCAGCACAAAUGAAAUUUAAUUGUAUCCUUAAAGGAACACUCCACUUUUUUUAAAAAAUAGGCUCAUUUUCCAACUCACCUAGAGUUAUACAGGUCAAGUCAAGUCAAGUUUAUUUACCUUUAUUUAUAUACCGCCUUUAACAAUACAGAAUUGUGACAAGGCGGCUGUACAGUAUUAAAUAGGAAACAGUUAGGAAAAGGUAGUUAAUCAAAAACAAUAAAAUAAAAUGCAAUAUUGUGUUAAGAGAAAGUGUCCCUAACUAAGCAAGCCAGAGGCGACAGCGGCAAGGAACCAAAACUCCAUCGGUGACAAAUGGAGAAAAAAACCUUGGGAGAAACCAGGCUCAGUCGGGGGGCCAGUUCUCCUCUGGCCAAAGUUCCCGUGGUCUUGUGCCGACAGCCGUCUAGGUGAUGUGGUCUUCACUGUGGAUCCGUCUCUGGGGCUCAUCUAGUUGAUGUGGACUCCACUGACAUUCAGGGCU